GUGUCAUGGCUUGCUGAAAUGACAUGGAACAACUCGAUUGCAUUAUCAUUACUGUACACGUAGUCAGUAUUCUAUCUGCUUUCAGCUGAGAAAAUGAAGAAAAACAAGGGAAAGGUGAACACCACUGAGAAGGAGUUUGUGUUUGGGUUCAGGGCAGGGAGGAAUGACUGUGUCCUCAAAGUACCUCUGCAAUUCCCUGUCCAAGAAAAUGUCAGUGACCUGCAUGGACGACUUAUGCUGCUGCACAAAAUACCUUGCGUCGUUGAGAAUGGUAAUGAUAUUUCCAUUCAACUAAAUGCAAUUAAAUGCAAAACCAAGCACAUUGAUAUAUUCAACAACUUACGGUCUCUAUUAUUCAUCCACACAUGCCUUUUGGUACUAAUACUUUGAUGUAUCUUGGUUUAGAACUGAAGAGCACACUGUCCAUGUUUAUUGAGGGCGAAACCAUCCAGGACUAUGACAGAGAAGCAGAGUUGGCCCUACAGAGACUGACAACAGGAGAGGUGGACAUCAACCAGCUUACAAACACAUGGGCCAAGGCCUACUCAGAGGUAAAAUAAUUACUCAAAACCAAAUGUUUACAAGCAUAUUUUCGUAUAAACUUCUUUGUCCCUAAAGCAGAAUUUGGUACACCACCGCCACCAGCCUGUAACGUUGACACCAGGCAUGAUGGUCCAUGAACCUAUGCUGGUUACGCCAAAUCCUGACUCUGCCAUCAGCAUGAUGCAACAGGAACUGGGAUUUGUCAGACCAGGCAAUGUUUUUCUACUCCUCAAUUGUCCAGUCUUGUUGAUCGCACGCCCACUGGAGCCGCUUCUUCUCGUUUUUAGCUGAUAGGAGUGGAACCCGGUUUGGUCGUCUGCUGCAAUAGCCCAUCCGUCGAGUUGUGUGUUCCGAGAUGCCGUUCUGCACACCACUGAUGUUCUGCACCGUUAUUUGUCUGUUUGUGGCCUGUUUGUGGCCCGCCUGUUAGCUUGCACGAUUCUUGCCAUUCUCCUUCGACCUCUCUCAUCAACAACCUGUUCGCCCGCAGGACUGCCACUGACUGGAUAUUUUUUGUUUGUAGCACCAUUCUCGGUAAACCCUAGACUCUGUUGUGCGUGAAAAGCCCAGGAGUGCAGCUGUUUCUGAGAUACUGGAUCCGGCGCGCCUGGCACCAACGAUCAUACCACGCUCAAAGUUGCUUAAGUCACUAGCUUUGCCCAUUCUAACGUUCAAUCAAACAGUAACUGAAUGUCUCGAGGCCUGUCUGCCUGUUUUAUAUAGCAAGCCACGGCCACGUGACUCACUGACUGUAGGAGCGAUCCAUUUUCGCGACCGGGGUGAUGUACCUAAUAAACUGGUGAGUGUAUAUGUGAUCGUACACAAAUGUAAGCAAGGUUUGAAAUAAUUAUGUUUUAGUCAAAUGUUAUAUCUGUUUUGGGCUUCUUGCUGUCAAUUUGCAGUCUACAAAUUAUUUGCAAUUAAGUUCCGGCCCCCUGACCAUCCUCUCAAGAAAAAAUCGGCCUGCGGCUGAAUCUAGUUGAUGAUCCCUGUCCUAAAGCUUCUAGCCCCUCCCUUGUCCCUGCUUCUGUCUUUCCCUCUCUUCUUCUCCCACAUCCCUCGCUUCUGUCUGGUAGUGUCCCACCCACUAAUUUUCUCAUGUCCUCAUGUUGUCCACCUCAAAUUACAGAAGUAGAUGACACGGUUGUAUAUAUGUAUGUAUGCAUUUCACUACACCCGCAAUAACAUCUGCUAAAUAUGUGUAUGCGACCAAUAAAAUGUGAGUUGUACAGUGCAACCUGUAUUCCUAUGCUAUUUUUUGUGUUGAACAAUCCAAUUAUCUCAAAGACGAGCUAGAGAAGUGUUAGCGUACUGUGCAUCCUGAUUAUAUUAUCUUCAGUGUCUUAGCUGUUGUCAUAGAUCAUUAUAUUGAUACAGGAUGUCAGUAAGUCACAGAGAGUUGACUGCUCCUUAAGUUUGGAACAAUGUAUCAAAGAUUUGGCAAAAGUUGCCUGGAGUUGCCAAGUUGUAGUGUUUGACUUUGAUAAGAUGCACCUCAUCGAUUUGAUACACUGCAGGGAAUGUUGCAAUUCUUUGCAAGACCUUCAUCAUCUGUCUGACAGUCUGAAGGGUAUAUUGUAAAUCAUUAAAACAUCUGUGGUCUGAUGAGAGAUGUUAAUAGACAUGAUGGUUUUCAAUUGAAAUGGAUCAAAGAGCGGAGACUCCUCAUGAAAAAAUCCCUUUGAAACAGAAUAUCUUCCCUAUUUUGGUCAACGAGAUCAUCUGCUUCAUGCACUUCAAAGCUCUGGACUUUAGAUUCUGCUGCCACUUGCUCAAGCACUUAUAAAAAGAAAGAAGGCUGCCCCUCCUAUAAAGCUCUGUUGGCUCACUGCUGUGGUGCAUACGGGAUUACCAUGAACAUUUUACUGCACUAGCACAGAAAUACUCAUGGAUGCUGUCCAGUGUAUUUUAAGGAACUCCAAAGGUAUUUUAAUGUCAUGUUUGUUGCAUAAAGAUUCCUGGACAUGUAUUAAUAGAGGAAGUUCACACUCUAAAUACUAUUCCAUACAUUCUAAAUAUGACAUUAGUAUGAGGUCGCUCUCUUAGCUUUGCCUCUAUUGGGUUUGUUAAGGAGAACCACCUAAUGCUUUUCAGACUGUCCAGUCACAAUUGUUUUCUGGGUCUUCCAUACCAUACUGUGUCACUCACUUCUGCACUUCCUACAAUUUCCUGUGAUCUACUGAACAAUGUUUUCCUGUGAUUUUCCUUCGCUCUCAGAAGGUUACUCCCACACCUCAAUGCCAUCAUUCUCUUUUGCUUGUUACUCUUUAGAUCACGCUGAAAUGUGGUCGUCCUGAGGAGCCCAGCUGGGAUGAGGACUUUGCAGAUGUUUACCAUGAGCUCAUCCACUCCCCGGCCUCUGACACCCUGCUCAACCUGGAACACAACUACUUUGUCAGUGUCUCAGAGCUCAUCAGUGAGAGAGACAUGGAGCUGAAGAAGUUACAAGAGAGGUUGGUAUGACCAUAGAGAAGAGUCCUCAAGUGCAAAGUAGCCAAUUCAAUCAUCGUAAUUGAAGUAAGUGUCAUAUAACAAAUGCCUAAAGUGUUUUGCAUUGUUCUGUUUUCAACUCCCAGACAGGCAACAGAGAUGGACAAAGUCAUGCAGGAACUGGGAAAGACCAUGACUGACCAGGAUGUAAAUGCAGUUGCAUCUCAACACUUCGAUGCGCAGCAGGUAAGACACAGAGCCAAUCUGGUUGGCCAUUUGAGCUACAAGCAUUGCAAUGUUCUAUGCACAAAGAUACACAGUCAUAGAGAUGUACGAUUGGUGAUUCUUCUGUCUGGUCAGGUGCUGGAGAACAAGUGGGCCAAUGAACUGAAACAGGUGACUCAAAUCCAGAAGCAGGAGUAUCAGGAGUGGGUGAUCAAACUGCACCAGGACAUGCAGAACCCCAAUAACAGCACUAUUAAGUAAGUGUGUGUGCUUGUGAAUGCAUGUGUGCAGAAAUGUAUUCUCAAUUGUUUUUUAGGGGGAUGUUCCUUGAAAUCUCACUAACACCUUCAUUUCUCACAGUGAAGCAAAAUUGGUUAAAUCAAGAUAAUGAAUAGUCGAGUCAUGUUCUUAAGUGCUUAGAUGGGAAAGAAAGCCUGCAGACACAGUUGAAUGAAAUUUGCAAACACAGCAGCACUUUUAAAUGCACACUCAAGAGGCAUAGAAAUAGCAUCCUAGCUAAAAUAAAUGUGUUUUCCUUUGUUAUAUAUGGUUUAAUUCUUUUUUUAUGUGCAGUGUAGUUUGUCAGUCCCAAUGCACCUGAUCUGGGGUUGGUUUGUAGCCCUGUGUCCAUUCAUUUUCCAGCCUGGUUCCAGAUCUGUUUGUGUUGUCUUGCCAACUUCUAUGCUCAUUGGCGUGGGAAAGACAGCACAAACAGAUCCGGGACAAGGCUAGUCAUCUUGUGAACCGUAUCCUUUACAGUGUGAUGUUGUGUUUGUCAGUGAGGAGAUCAAGGUGCAGCCCAGCCAGCUAACAGAGGAGGCUGAGCCUGGGGCCAGGCUGUACGAGGAGCAGCGACAGCUGGAGGAGAGCUUCACCAUCCACUUAGGUACUAUACUGUCUGUGUCUCCAUGCAAACACUGCUGCCUGCUCCAACAAGCCCAGGAUAAAAAUAAACCCUGAUGACAGCUAAUGUAUUUAUACUGAACUUCCUGACAUCGUAAAAUGUAAAGACAUCCUGUACAUUAUAUAUUUUUGUGUUUGUUUCCUUAUGUAUUUUGAUGGUGUUGUUGCUGUGGUGUUGUCCAGGUGCACAGCUGAAGACAAUGCACAACCUGCGACUGUUGCGGGCGGACGUACUGGACUUCUGUAAGCACCGUCGGCAUGGCAGCAGAGGGACCAAGCUGCGGCGGCUGCAGACGGCUCUGUCGCUCUACUCCUCGGCCCUGUGUGGCCUGGUAUUGCUGGUGGACAACAGGGUCAACUCCUACAGUGGCAUCAAGAGAGGUGAGAGGUCAGGGGACAAAAUAAAGCAAGGGGACCACCCUGUUAAGUGAGAGGAUGAAACACAUUUAUCAUCUGAAUAAAUUCAAUCUUUCUUAUUGCCAUGACCGCAUUUGAAGGUGUUUUGCUUUGGCUUGAUGGCACCAGUGAGUUGGACGUUUUAGCAUGAUUUAGCAUUUUCAAAUUACGAUAGCUCAUAAAAGUUUUACUUUUACAUUUAAGUCAUUUAGCAGACGCUCUUAUCCAGAGCGACUUACAGUUAGUGAGUGCAUACAUUCUUUUUUAUACUGGCCCCCUGUGAGAAUCGAACCCACAACCCUGGCGUUGCAAACGCCAUGCUCUACUGAGCUUCAUCCCUGCCGGCCAUUCCCUCCCCUACCCUGGACGACACUGGGCCAAUUGUGCGCCGCCCCAUGGGUCUCCCGGUCGCGGCCGGUUUUGUCACAGUAAAAACACACGCCAUUCCCUAAACCUCCAUAACCAUUGUGAGAUUUUAAUGAAUCAACGUAAUGAAUCCACAUCAUCAUGUGUUUAUGUGUUUUCCCCAGACUUCGCCACAGUAUCUAAAGAGUGUACAGACUUCCACUUCCCUCGGCUUGAUGAGCAGCUGGAGGUCGUCCAGCAAGUGGUGCUUUAUGCCCGGGCUCAGACCAGCAAGCACAAAGACCAGCCUGGUGAGUCAGUCACAUACACCAGCAGCCCACCACUGUUGAACAGUCAAUCACACUGCUGAGAGUGUUUUUUCAUCAUUAUACUGUGUAUACCCAAUAGCUAAAAAAAUUUUACCUGCAAAGAGAAAUGGACAACUUUCCAUCAUUUACAUUUACAUUUACAUCAUUUAGCAGACGCUCUUAUCCAGAGCGACUUACAGUUAGUGAAUACAUAUAUAUAUAUAUAUAUAUUUUUUUUAUACUGGCCCCCCGUGGGAAUCAAACCCACAACCCUGGCGUUGCAAACGCCAUGCUCUAUCAACUGAGCUACAUCCCUGCCGGCCAUUCCCUCCCCUACCCUGGACGACGCUGGGCCAAUUGUGCGCCGCCCAUGAGUCUCCCGGUCGCGGCCGGCUGCGACAGAGCCUGGAUUCGAACCAGGAUCUCUAGUGGCACAGUUAGCACUGCAAAGCAGUGCCUUAGACCACUGCGCCACUCAGGAGGCUAAGCUAACAUAACUUGCCAAUAUGGCCUUGUGGUAUCACAGUGAAAAAGUCUGUACAAGGAUGCGUUAAUUCACUUGUAUUUCUUCCCCAGAAUUACAUGAUGAUUGAGAUGAGUGUUCUCUGUAAGAAGACUGGAUAGAGAGUGAUGAUGUAACUAUGGAAUACAGGUAACUGCCAAAGUAAAGGAAACACCAAAAGUAGUAUGGUGUUGGGCCACCACAAGCCACCAGAACAGCUUCAAUGCGCCUUAGCAUAGAUUCUACAAGUGUCUGUAACUCUAUUGGAGGGCUGCGACACCAUUCUUCCACGAGAAAUUCCAUCAUUUGGUGUUUUGUUGAUUUACUCAAGUGUUUCCUUUAUUUUGGCAGUUACCUGUAUAUAAGGUAGAGUUAGAACAAUGUUAAAGAUCCUGCUGGCCCAGUGAAGUAAUGUUUGUUCAACAUUCGAGCAAGGGCAAAGUCAAUGGCAUGUUGGCCAUACAUACUUGGGGAUUAUGUCAGGACAGAAGGGACAAUACUUUUUUGACAUCAUAGCCAACGUGUGUUGUCGGAAACCUCUGUCAAGAUCCUUAUCACAAUGAAUCCACAUUGAAUGGCUGUUUAAGUGGAGAGAUAUCAGAAAGCUGAGUAUAGAAACAUUCCUCCUGGCUAUCAGGCCUUAUACGGAUGGGCCUAUGACCUCUGUUGUUGCUAUUGUCAUUUAGUUCCUGAAAGGUCAUCUUUGCACUAGUUUUCCAUACAGGAAAUGCUAAACUCAUCUCUUGUUUUCCCAUUGACAGAGGUUCCUAGGAAUGGAAGUAAUAGUGAAGAUAAGAACCAAAAUGUGGAAAAGAAUUAUUCCAAUAUUUUACCAGGUAAAGUAAGACUGAAUACGUGAUUUUGUCUUAGCUUAAAUCUUUAAGGGGCAAAUCCUAACUUUGUGAAUUGAUGUCAAUGGGAGACUAGGUGAACAUUUGGCUUAAGUGGAAGAAAGGAUUCGCCCCUAAAUGGAACUGACCUUAUUAGAAAUAGGCUAAGUCAUUACUAAACUUUAUCUACUUCUGUCAUCCUCUCCAGGUGAAUUCUACAUCUCCCGCCACUCCAACCUGUCUGAGGUCCACAUAGUGUUCCACCUGUGUGUGGAUGACAAUGUGCGCUCAGGCAACAUCACGGCCCGGGACCCUGCCAUCAUGGGCCUGCGCAACAUCCUCAAGGUCUGCUGCACGCAUGAUGUCACCACCAUCACCAUCCCUCUGCUACUGGUCCAUGACAUGUCAGAGGUAAGAGAGAGCCUUAUGUUAUAUGUGUAAAAGCAGAAGGUAAUAUAUAUAAUUUACCUCCAGGUCCCAGAAGUCGAUUCAUAAUGCAUGUACAGCAUAGUACAUUAGGUACAGGUGAGAGAUGACAGUUAGUUAUACAUAUGCAAUGCUGUAUGUGUAAUUGGUGCAGGGCUUGACAUUAACGCUUCUCCGCUUGCCCGGGGAAAGUAAAACAAAUUGUUGGACAAGCAGAUUAUAGAUAGAAGUUGUCCGAAAGGACAAAAAUCACAAUAUCAUUCAAUUAGGCUACUCCGAUCAGAAUUGGAUCAAAGUGUCCUGCGAUGUGUUGCGCACUCUCCUCCCAAUCUCUGCAGAUCGCAUUGGAGUAUAAUUAUUGUAGUAUUGACAGGCAUGAGCAGUCUUUCAAUCAUGCAGUCGCGAGAUGCAUUUUUGAGAUAAGUGUGCACAUUUGUUGAUAUUCAUUGCUAGUUAGUGACUUAUUUGCCCAGUUAUAGCAAAUUUUUGGUCAGCAAUGAAAAUCCUGGAAAAGUCAUGGUGUGUGCAUCACCUGCGUGUGUGCCAGUGCGAGUGGGCCAUUGCCAGAGGAGAGAGAGAGAGCGAGACAUUGCGCAGCAGGUAAAACUAGAUAACCAGCCAAACUACACAAUAUGUUUUGAAUUGCUAGUUAACUAUUUAGCUAUUAGCAUGUAUUAAUGUCAUUGUCAUGUCCAAUGUCCUAAAAUAACUUUCCACCAGCACCGUGUAUAACCGCCAAUGGCUGACACGCAGCUGAUACGGGUGCGCAAAUGCUGCGUACUCCGGUUGUAAAACUGUCUCUCAAACGCUCAAAAUUGGGUGUUGAGAAAUAAUUCUGACACCGUUGGAAAGCUAAGAUUCUCCUCUACUCAAUAUUGGUCAUGUAAUUCUGACAAAGUAAAAACAUAUUCUUAGAAUAGCCUAAUUGUCAAGUAACUCCUAUGCUUUCAAGAUCUCCCCUGAACACUGAAUAUUUUAGCCUUUCAUAAACAUGUCUUAGUUAGCUACCUUGCCCACCUUAGCCAUUUGAUCACUGGUUCAUUGAAUGAGGUUAUCAUUUUAUAAAGACAUAAAAAGUAUUUGGUUGUAAUUGGAAUGUUGCAGGGUGGCCAACCAUCCUCCAGGAGAGUACAGGAGAGCUACUGGGGGUGCAGGCUUUUACUCCAGCCCUGCAUGAACACACCACAUUGUAAAAAAUCAGCUGCUCAACAGGACUUUCAUAAGCUAACUCUAGUGUGUUUGAGCAGGGUUGUAUCAAAAGCCUGCACACCCAGUAGCUCUUCGGAUGGAGGGUUGACGGACCACAUGUGUUUUAUACAGUAGCCUAUCAAUGCAGUAUUCUACUUUGUGGGGGGUUAGGGUUUGUGCUUUGCUCAAGGCUGCAACGGCAGGAGAUAUAAUACACAGGAUCAGAGACCAGCAGCAUUUCAUUGUCAAUACCAAUUAAUGUAUUUUAUGAAGUGGUUCCUUGCAUCAUACAACAUCCUUUUCAGUCAUGGUUUUGGCCCAUGGUGUUAAAGACCAUUUUUGGGGGGGACAAGUGACUUGAGCUUUCGGAUAAGUAAAAAAAUCUGUCCUACUUGUCCGAAGGACGUGGCUAAAAAAGUUAAUGUCAAGCCCUGUGGUCCUGUGUGAUUUAUCGAAGUUAAGGUCACAGUUAUCAUUACGCUACAGUCUGCUUUGUUAUGAACACCAAUCAAAAUAGUUUUUCUGUCCAGGAUUUUGGCAAUGGUGAUGUUUUAUAGAAGAAAAUGGGUGUGUGAAGGGAUUUGAUAACUUAUCUAGAUGUGCAGUCAAUGUUUUCACAAGCUCUAAAAAAAAAAGAAUCAAUGUAACCUGAAUUACGAGAAAUGGUUGAAUCACCCAAUUUUAUAUUUAACUUUAUGGUGUAUGAUUCACAGUUGUUUUGUGAGUAAACCCAGUGAACUGACCACUCCUCAUUCCAUGGUUAGAUGAUUAGUGGGGGAAGGAGAAAUGAAUGAAAAAUAGACUGACGAAGAAGGAGAGGAGGAGUAAUGAAUGUGUCCUAUUUCCGGCCUUAGGAACUGAUUUGUCUUUGAGUGCCGCCAUGCCCCUCCUGCCCUUCAAUUAAACAGGGGUGUGGGCAUCAGUCUGUUGUCCGCAUCCCCAGUGUCGUAGUGGCAUGAUACUAUCUCCCUUUUCGACCUCCUCCUCACGUCUCUCUGCUUGUUUGUUCAGUACAACCUCAGCAGUGCUCUGGCCUGUUCAUCUCUGGUUGUGAACUCUCCUUAGCAUUUCCUCCAUUCUGGAGUAGAGGAGGAGGGGAAAAGCGGGAGUCUUGAACUGUUGCGUUUACUCAAACUCUUGAGUAUACAGCGCUCGGUACACACAGAUCAGAGCGGGGGAACAGCGGUAGCAUUGAUAGACAGCAGCACUCCUGAGUCCACAUGGAGGCACCCAGAACUGAAAAACAACCAUUACUCAAGAAGCUGCUGCCUGAUGUAGAAUAGACGUCCUCACUGCGGUGCAGAGAGGGCCUUCUCCUUAUCAUGCCACAACAUGCCUGAUGUGGAGUAGACCUCCUCACUGCGGUGCAGAGAGGGCCUUCUCCUUAUCAUGCCACAACAUGCCUGAUGUGGAGUAGACCUCCUCACUGCGGUGCAGAGAGGGCCUUCUCCUUAUCAUGCCACAACAUGCCUGAUGUGGAGUAGACCUCCUCACUGCGGUGCAGAGAGGGCCUUCUCCUUAUCAUGCCACAACAUGCCUGACGUGGAGUAGACCUCCUCACUGCGGUGCAGAGAGGGCCUUCUCCUUAUCAUGCCACAACAUGCCUGACGUGGAGUAGACCUCCUCACUGCGGUGCAGAGAGGGCCUUCUCCUUAUCAUGCCACAACAUGCCUGACGUGGAGUAGACCUCCUCACUGCGGUGCAGAGAGGGCCUUCUCCUUAUCAUGCCACAACAUGCCUGACGUGGAGUAGACCUCCUCACUGCGGUGCAGAGAGGGCCUUCUCCUUAUCAUGCCACAACAUGCCUGACGUGGAGUAGACCUCCUCACUGCGGUGCAGAGAGGGCCUUCUCCUUAUCAUGCCACAACAUGCCUGAUGAAACGUCUUCUCUCAAGUCAAAGCAAGAGCUUGCUCACAAAUGUACUCUGUGUGGUAUUCUCGCUUCCUAAGCUGCAGGAACCAAAUAAUCGUAAUUAUCCGUCUCCUUUUAUAAUCUUCUUUUCCAGUGCUUUUUCCAACUGACAAAUUGUAUUUUUGCCCAGCUCAGGCCUAUAUACAGUGGCAUAAUGACCAGCUAGUUGGUCAAAGGAACCAUUGAAGGCAAUGAGCUGUACACCCAGAGAUGUCUUUCAAGGAACAUUCCUUUUCUUCUUUAUGAAAAGCUGUUGUUUGACAAUGUCAGGCAGGCAGAAGAGAAGGGAACAGUGAGGGGAUGACAGAGGAUAGAAGGUUCAUCAUGUUCCACCAUCCUGUGGCCUGACUGAGUCCUUUUAUUCUCUCCCCUGCAGGAGAUGACUAUCCCAUGGUGCCUGAGGCGGGCUGAGCUGGUCUUCAAAUGUGUCAAAGGUUAGAGAGUAAGAUGUACCAGGGACAUUUUCCCCUCUUGUGUUACCUCUGAGACCUCUCAGUCCUAACUUAAGAUGUUUCCCUCUGCAGGUUUCAUGAUGGAGAUGGCAUCGUGGGAUGGAGGGAUCUCACGGACAGUCCAGUUUCUAGUUCCACAGGUAAGAAAACAGGUUUGACUGGCUGCUGCUGAUCUGGCCAGAACCUCACUGACUCAGACAUAGCAUGCAUUAUAUUGCGGAAUAUAUACUUUUAGCAACAUUAUUCAGGUUUAUAACUGUAUCAUUACAGUUGAACGUACACACCCAGACAGGUUAGAUGUCUCUGUCAGGUCUCAGAAAACAACAUCAAAGCAACCAGUCAGUAUUCAUUAUUCAGGGCUGAUUAGUCUUUGGCACCACUCAUAUAACUAUUAUUAUAGGUUGAUAAAUUGUUGCCUGCCAAAUGUGAUUUAGUGAAGCCCCAGGAUGAACCCUAUUUGAAGCGCAAACAAGUACUUGAGGAGAGGAUUCUGAUCAUAUCUUUCAGAACAGGAAGUUAAACACACAUUGGAGUUGGAGCAAUUGCUUGUCCCAGCCAUUUAGCAUCCAACAAUAGUACCCCUGUACAGUAUGUCUCACAAAGGCACAGCUGGUCUUGCAUACUCUCCAAAUACACUCUGUAGUGUACACAGUGUACCUACAUUCAAUUUACCAUCACAAAAAAAGAUUCCGGAAGCUCAACAUAAGACAUGUACCUUGGGCUCAUUCUACAGUGUCACUAUGUGAUGAAAAUGUUAUGAUGAUGAUGAUUAUUAUUAUUAUUAUUAUUAUUAUUAUUGAGUUGUUUAAGUCGAAUAAUAAUAUGCUGACUGCUCCUAUAUGUAUUAUUUUGUAAAUGGAUUCUGUUAAUAGUUCAGUAAAGUUUAAAAGCAACGUACUGGCCGUCUACUCAUCUACAUCUCACCGAAUAAUAAGAGAGGAAUUAUAUUCUGGAGCACUCUUAUUUCUCAAUAGAAGCAUCCACCUUCAUUAAUGUGGCUCUGUUAUGGGUUAGUUAUAUAAUUAUUUGGUUACAGGCAUGGGUGAGGUUGUGUCCCUGUAGAGAGGGUCACCUAUAGUAGGAGUACAUGUUGACAGUCUUGGGAUAAAACCAGCAUCAAAGGCCCUAACAGCAUUUACGGCUGCCAGCCUUACGCUCCGACACCAUUCAAAAUAGCACCUCUAAAACAGCUUUGUUUUGUACACCUCAACCGGACACGUAGAUCUAAAUAUACGAGUAGUAGAAGAGUUGUGAGGGGAGACAUUAAUACUUAAAAUGCUUAUUUGAAGCCAUGCUACCUAUUGAAGCGACAGCUGUCAGAGAACACAUAAUUUGAGUAUCUUGACUGGUUCCAAGGGAAAUGGGACAUCGAGCAAAAGGUGGCGUUGAGCUAAAGCAGGUUAGGUGGUCGUUAACACUUGCUGUUGUACACGUACAAGCAAAACAAUGUAUGUUGUGAAUUUGAAUGUUAAGAUGUCUUGCAUGUUAGUAGUUUGUAUCUGUGUAGGCUACUCUAUCUUGGAAAGCGGCCGUUCCAUGUGUUCAUCCAUUCCAAUGUACAUUAAACAUUGAUGUCUACUUUGUCUGUGUUUUAUUGACAGAGUAUCUCUGAGGAGAUGUUCUACCAGUUGAGCAACAUGCUGCCUCAGAUCUUCCGCGUCUCCUCCACCCUCACGCUCACCUCCAAGCGCUGACGGAGACACAGGGCCAAUCACAGCGGCUUGGCAACUGUCAACACCAUGCAGUUUUUAACAGACAGAUUCUAUGGCCUCUUCCGCAUCAUGCUAUAGCAAUUAGCAUUUCAGUCUUGCAGUCUGUGGUUAAGUAUUAUUAUAAGUCACAGUUGAAUGAGUCUACCAUCAUGAAAAUAAACUAACCAAAGGAAUGACUCUACUCUCAGAUUGUUAAAGCACUCCAGUCAAAAGUAUGGGUUUCAGUGCUUUUGUAUUGCAAUUAUUUUACAAUAUAGAGAGGGGCCUCAAGAGUUUUGAUAAUUGAGUUCCCUCUAACCUAUUUAAAUAGUUGCAUUUCACAGAGGUUAGUGUGAUGGAUGACUGUCACUUGAUUUAGUGAUCCCUGUAUAAUUGGCAUCAUCUUGGGGCAAGGCGACAUCAUCUUGGCCCAUCUUCCCAAAAAAGAUGGAUUGUGUUGUUGCCGAGACAAGCAUUUUGCAGGUGUGUGUGUGUGUGUGUGUGUGUGUGUAUACUGCAUUGCAGUGAAUUAUAGUGAGGACUCUUUGUCAUCAGCCAACUCCACCCCAGUAACAGCAGAGGGCACUGUUUACAGUUACAGUUUAGUCAUUUAGCAGACGCUCUUAUCCAGAGCGACUUCCAAUUAGUGAGUGCAUACAUUUUUCAUACUGGCCCCCGUGUUCUCAGAGAUAAAGACCCCACACUGAAAGAUGAUGUUUAAUCUACUGCGUGCCAAAACAUUGACUUAAACAUUUACUAUGAGACACAGAAAGUUGGCUUCUUAUGUUGUUGCAGCUUAAACUCUAUAGAUCAUACCCCUGAAUGUUUGCCAAACACAUUUUCAGCACUUCAACUUAUUUUUGAUGUGCCAUUCCAAUUGACUGAUCACGACGCACUGUACACUGAUCAUAAUGUACUGUUUACACCCAUAUCUGUACUAUAUGUUUUUAGUAGAAAUGUAUGUAAAAAGUGUUUAAACUUUAUAUUACUGGUCAAUGCGACUCUAUCCUGAAUCUCUGUGAAAUAAUGUUUCAGAUUUUACAUUCAUUUGUUUUUUUACUGGGCCUGUAAACAUUGGAGUAUAGCCUACUGCAUAUUGCAGUUUGUGCACAAUUUAAUUAACUGUUUAUGAGUAAUCCACGAUCGGCUAAUAUACCUGAAGCUAAUAUGACAUAGUAAUUACAUUCCUCCAUGUCUGUUUGAAUUAAGUCAUUUUAGUUGGAUUAAAUCAUUUCUGCUUGUCAGAGGUUUGCCUGCCAUGAUGAUCAGCGACAGUAUUAAGAUGAUUAAACGGAUCAAGUGCACCAUCAAAAGUGUCUUCUUUCAAGUGAAAACAGAUGGCUGUGGCUGUGGGCAUUCUCCCCAGAGCGCCCCAGUCGGUGUCGUGUUAAAACCUGCUGCACUGUUAAUACCGUACUGCACUGGUGAGAACCCGCAAAAUGCUACGGAAAUGUGUCACCGAAUGCCUAGCAUUCUUGGCAUUGGUCUCGGUGGCCUUAAGUAUUGGGUUCCCUGGGGCAGAGGGACAAUGGUGCCGACUCAGCAGCAUCAUGCCCCGGCCGGACCCCGUGCCUGUCCCUCCUCCUUCCUGGUGUUGUGUGCAGCAAGGCAGCCUAGAUGUCAGAGCAACACACACACACACAGGUUCUUUGACGAGGACAGCAAAUCCCUGGAACAGCUGACCCCCUAGGGGGCUGAUUGGCUGAUCAGGUUCCUGGGUUUAGGUACACACCAA